CAAUUUGUUUAUUAUCUGGGUAGCGAAAAAUGAGUCAUUUCGUGCGCGUAUUGUUGGAAUCGCGUCAUUCGCUUUGCGCGAGAACAUCGCUAUCAUCAACAUCUCGCGUGGCGGUAACAACGGUGAACAACGAGGCAGCGGCCGUCGUGACCCUCUUAUCGAACGGCCCGAUAUAUCUUUUUUUCCUUCGCGUUGCUAUUUAACCACAGCGCGACGUGACUGUCGCGCUGUUGCAUCGCGCGCGCACGCACGCACGCACACAAAAACAGACUCGCGAACGAGUCCGAAAGGAGGAGCGAGUCGCCGUCGCCGUCGGUGAUCAACGAAUAUCAGUUCACGAUCGACAGCCGCCGACCCCGAAGGUGCGCGUUGACGCCGUACACGAACACUGCCGACGCAUGAUUCGCCUGGACGAGAGCAGUCGCGGCGCGGUGACGGGCACGUCGAACGCGCGACAAUGUUCUGAUAAGAUAUCCACGACGGUUCUUCCUCAGAUGCGAGCCGACAACGCAGACAUGUCAUCUCUAAGAAAUGUCACCGAGUGGACGUCCUCCGACGUGAAGACGUGGCUGAUAGAAAAUGGUCACGAGGAGUACGCGGAUUUGUUUUACCUUCACGAGAUCGACGGAAAGGUGCUUCUGACACUGAAAGAGGAAGACUUGAAAUCUAGUAUUUUGAAUAUAAAGAAGAUUGGUGCUAUAAAGAAAUUGUAUCUAGCCAUAAAGCAACUGCAGAGGGACAAUGUUGCCGUUCUGUUUGAUCUGGGUUACAUGGAUUUGUUUCCUUCAACAAAUUUUUAUACUCAUCAGAAUAAGCAUGAGAUGCCCAGUACUGGUACAAAUAAUGAAACAUCUAUCGAUCAUGAGUUUUAUUCAGCUUCGGUAUCAGAAGAUGGACAUGCUUCUCACUUACCACCUGAAAUCUGGAAGACAGUCAUCAGUUUAGGAUAUUUAUUUAUCGUCACGUGGAUUACUGCCUUUGUGAUGGUUAUUGUUCACGAUAGAGUGCCUGAUAUGAAGAAGUAUCCUCCGUUGCCAGACAUAUUUUUAGAUAAUGUACCUCAUAUUCCUUGGGCGUUUGAUAUGUGUGAAGUUACUGGUACUCUGCUUUUUGCGAUAUGGCUUAUUGUGCUUAUAUUUCACAAGUAUAGAUUUAUUUUGUUACGGAGGUUUUUUGCAUUGUCGGGUACAGUCUUCCUACUGAGAUGCGUAACGAUGCUCAUUACUUCGUUAUCAGUGCCAGGUGCACAUCUACAAUGCCAACCACGGAAAGUUCCGGAUGAAGAUUGGUCAAAUUCUGCAUAUGUUGAGCUGUAUAAUAAAAUAGCAAUGGCUUAUGUUAUUUGGCGAGGUGCCGGAAUGUCUAUUCAAGGUGUCAGAACUUGUGGGGAUUACAUGUUUAGCGGACAUACCGUGGCGUUAACUAUGCUUAACUUUUUCAUUACAGAAUAUACUCCGAGACAUUUGUAUUUUUUACAUACUUUCACAUGGAUGCUCAAUAUGUUUGGCAUCUUUUUCAUCUUAGCAGCCCAUGAACAUUAUUCCAUCGACGUUUUUGUCGCAUUUUAUAUAACUUCGCGAUUAUUUCUCUACUAUCACACAUUGGCGAACAAUCAAGCAUUGAUGCAACGCGACUCGAUCAGAACCAGAAUCUGGUUUCCGUUAUUCAGCUUCUUUGAGGCAUCCGUUGAUGGCAUUGUUCCUAACGAGUACGAAUCGCCGUCCUUGAUAGUUUGCAAUUUAGCAGGCACAGGAAAGAACAUCUGGCAUUGUGUACGAUCUCGGAUUUCUUUCCGAAAUGCGCAGCGCAAUGUAAAUGGCAGUCUAAGCAGCACAAAAAAGGAAUACUAACGUUAAGUAACAGUACAUAUUCCAUUUUUCUUAAUUACUACGUUUAAGACAAAUAUGCGAUAUAGGAAGCUAGUUUUUUGAUCCCAAUUAAUAUAUAUAAUGGGAAAAAGGGACAAAAAAAUGUUUCUUUGAAAGGGAUCUUUCAAAUGCCUGAAAUAUCCAAAUUCCAAAGAAAUGAAAAUGAUCCUAUAUUGUAUAUUUAUCUUUUCAGAAUGUUGACUGUUUGUUUGACAAAUUUGUUUAUAUGUUGUAAUAAUAUUGAGCAAAAAAGAUGUAAUAUUAAUUCCUAAAAUAUUUAUUUUUGCGAUAGGAUUAUUACGAUACCAAAAGAGAUUGAACUAAUUUAUGAUACAAUUAAUAUUACAUAAUAGUUAACUUCUACUACAACAGAAAUAAUGUAAUUUAAUCAUUAAGAACUCUCCAAAGAUAAUACAUAGUGUAUAAAGUACUUUGCUAAUCCAACGUGCAUUCCGAGCAUGUUGUAUCGUUUAAGAUUUUCUUAUUUUUUUUUAUAAUUGUAUAUUUAUUUACCCAUGUAACUUGCUCAUACGUACUUUCAUUUUUUUUGUGAUAUAAAAAGGAAGUUAUAUCGAGGGCUGUGCCGCGACGGCCUGCGGGACGUUAGAUUUUAUCAGGAAUGUUUAAUAACUUUUGUUGGCAACUAAGUUAAUGAUGAUGAUAAUAUUUAAGUAUUUCUAGAUUACAUAUUUCUUGAAAAGAUACGUAUUUUUUUGCUAACAACUGAAUGUAACAUUUUGAGAACAAAUAUGUGUUAUACUAUCAUGCAUUCCUGAUAUUUGAUAAAAUUAAUAAUUUAAGAUUCCUGUUUACUCAUUACAACCAUGUUGAAAUAAUAUGAUUUUAUUUUUUGCAUUAUGUGCAUUGAAAUACAUUUUUUCAGUUUUUAUUUUUACCAUGUUACAAAUCCUUGUUUCAAACAGUAAUAAUUAGAUGUAAAUUUUAAUCAAUAGUUCCAAGGUUCAUUUUUGCUGAUAACGUAAAGAAAAUACAUAUAUACAUGCUUUUGCUAAUGCAUAAUAAUAAAAAGAAAAGCUUGUUUGCUGAUUAGAGAAAGAAUUAAUGUGAUUUGCUAAUAUGGUUGCAGUGAGAACACAGGAAACAUUGACAAAUGUGGUAUUAUUAUACAGAGGCUGAAAAUAUUGCUGUUAUUGUGACUUCUGAUGUAAAUUUGUGCGGAAAAUACUUGUAUGAUAUGAUCGUACGAAAUAGUUUCUAUAUGAUUAUAUAGAAGCUAUUGCCAACAGCUAUAAUAGCUUUUUAAUAUUUCAUCCAUAUCUAUUUUUACUUAUGUGAUAAAUAACUUAAUCUUGUUGGCGUUAACGAGUACUGAUUAUUGGUAACUUGUUGAUGGUGCCUGAUCGUUGGUGUUUAUUACUUUAUAUACUUCCAAAACUAUGCAAAUGAACUUUCUCUCGCUAAUAUCGACCAAUAUACCGACUUUCGAAAGACAGUCGGAUUGAUUUGACGAUGGAGAAAAAUAGCACGAAUAAAAAACAUCAAUAUUUCAGUAAAAUGUAUUUUUAUCGAUGAUUAAUAUGCAUUUCAGUAUUACGAAUCCUCUCCUUCAUUUUUUCUAAAACAGAGAAUUUCGGUAAGACACGUAUCUUUUUUUUACAAUUCAUAAUUGAAAAAAGAUUUUGAAUUAUAUAAUUUGUUGUUUCUAAUCCUUUUAUGGUUCAUCACAUAAUAAGUAUUAAGAUUUCUACCUAUGAGGAAAAAAAAUAUUGUCAAUUAAUCAAUUUAAUAAAGUUGUUUCACACACGAUGUAAUACGCAUGCGCGCACAUAAUGGUGCAAUCCACGCGUUAAGGCAUAACGUGAUGCCGAAUAUACGUACAAACAUAAGCACAUACAUUUAACGUCAAAAAGUUACAAUAUUUUUAUCCUUAUGAGUUUCGAAGCGUGUCUUUGAAUCACGAGAUUUAAAUAUUAAUUUAAUUUAAUUUAACUUAAUAUAGUUGAAGUUAAUUAGUAGGUUAUGAUAGGUUAGUUUGAACGAGUUAUAAUCUUAAAAAAUCUGUUAAAGAAUACCUUGUUCUAAUUGCCAAGGGAUGAUUAUGGCAGUAUUUGUCCACUGUUCACGCUUUCAACGUUUAAUUGGCUUGAGUAACAAUGUUGUUGCUUUAUUUUCGGAUUCCACACGAUAUUCGUUGCAGAAUUAUAAUAAAUCACAAUCAUUUGCAACAUCUAUCAAUGACAUCAAGGAUGAAAUCAAGUCAAAUACAAAGAAACCA